AUGUCUCUGCUUACGGAUCUCGUCAACCUUAACCUCAAAGACGCCACUAAUAAGAUCAUCGCUGAGUACAUAUGGAUAGGUGGAUCUGGUAAGGAUCUCAGAAGCAAAGCAAGGACUCUUGAUGGACCUGUGACUGAUCCUUCAAAGCUCCCAAAAUGGAACUACGAUGGCUCUAGCACUGGCCAAGCCCCUGGAGUUGACAGUGAAGUGAUUCUAUAUCCCCAGGCAAUUUUCAAGGAUCCUUUCAGGGGAGGCAACAAUAUCUUGGUGAUGUGUGAUUCCUACACUCCCGCUGGUGAGGCUAUCCCCACAAACAAACGCCAUGGCGCCGCCAAGGUUUUCAGCCACCCUGAUGUUGUUAAGGAGGAGCCCUGGUAUGGAAUUGAGCAGGAGUAUACCCUCCUGCAAAAGGAUGUGAAGUGGCCUAUUGGAUGGCCUGUUGGGGGUUUUCCAGGGCCUCAGGGACCAUACUACUGUGGAACUGGCGCUGAAAAAGCUUAUGGGCGUGACAUUGUGGACUCACACUACAAGGCCUGCCUUUAUGCAGGGAUUAACAUCAGUGGCAUUAAUGCAGAAGUGAUGCCUGGCCAGUGGGAGUUCCAAGUUGGACCUGCUGUUGGCAUCUCCGCCGCCGAUGAAGUAUGGGUAGCUCGCUAUAUUCUUGAGAGGAUCAGUGAGAUCGCCAGCGUUGUAGUCUCGUUUGACCCCAAACCUGUUCAGGGUGAUUGGAAUGGUGCUGGAGCUCACACAAACUACAGCACCAAGUCAAUGAGGAAUGAUGGUGGACUAGAAGUGAUCAAGCAGGCCAUUGAGAAACUUAAACUCAGACACGAAGAUCACAUUGCCGCAUAUGGUGAGGGAAACGACCGCCGCCUUACCGGAAAACAUGAGACCGCCGACAUCAACACCUUCUCAUGGGGUGUGGCGAAACGCGGGGCCUCUGUUCGGAUUGGGCGAGACACAGAGAAAAAUGGCAAAGGGUAUUUCGAGGACAGGAGGCCUGCUUCGAACAUGGAUCCCUAUGUUGUUACCUCCAUGAUUGCAGAGACCACCAUUCUCUGGAAACCUUAG